AGUGAAUCUUGCACGCCUGUUGAAAGGUCACGCCUUCUGGUGACGUGCCGCUUCUAUAAAAUGUCCAGUCACCAUGAGACGAGUCAGUCAGAUCGAGACGGAGAGGAGCAGAGAGAAACACGAAACAAGCAACUGCAUCUCAAGUCAUAGCCAAACGUCACACAAAUCAUCGAACAUGGUCUCGAGAGGGUUAACAAAGAUGCGUUUCAUCGUUUUAGCCAUGCAAGCGCUAUUGAGUCGGAAUUUAGUUCUGUCAUCCAGCAUCUAUGUAGGAAGACAUGCAGCAGGGAAAAUCUCUGAGCACGGGCCUUCAGCAGUGUCGGAAGGUAAGACGCAUAGUUUGUACAUGCAUAGUUUGUCCGCAAAUUUAAAGGAUUACCGGUUUAGGGAUUAGAAGGGCAUUGUUGUGUUAACCUUGCGUGAUCAAGCAGGAGCUCAGCUGUUAGCCGUUUUGUCCACGCCUCGAACGUUUAGUAAAGAAUGUAACAGCUUCUAUUUCCUGAAUUAAUGAAGCAAAUCGAUUCCAACUUCUUACGAUUGCUUUCAGCCUUUAGUUCCAUUUACGAUGUCUCUAGAAAUGCCUUUUCCAUUCCUUGGCUUAAACGCAUCGAUCAAAAUGCCAAUACUGCCCCGAGGCAGACAAAGUAUCUUAGGGACCCCCUCAUUUGGUUACUUAAUACCAAUUCCAAGAUUUUAUUAAAAACAACAAGCCAAGCUUUUUCCUUUCCGCGGUUUUAUUCAGUUUUCUUUUAAAUACGUAUUAGCUCGUAUUAAUGUCCAAACCAUAAAAGGUAUCAGUUAUAUCCUUCUUUAUAUUUGUGAACAUUAAACAAGCUGAGUAAGAAAAUAUCGGUGUUUAAGACACCAACUUUUUCAAGUGGUCUUCACAGAUAAGCUGUUUACAUUCGGCCUUAUAUAGGGAAGAAAUAAGACCGUAGUUUCUCGAACGUAAUUACGAUCAUUUUUCAUAGUCUUAACCUUAAUUCGCUCUAUUUUAGUGUUGAAAUUACCCCCACAAAGGCGCUAGAGCGCAUUCAUUAUAAACAUCUGAAUCUCGUACCUUUUCGUCGUCUGGCAGUGUCUGGUACAUAUUGGCAUCUUAAAGUUGUUUUCAUUCCAUCAUUGUUAAAAACUCUCUAAUAGCAGUUAUUGAUAGUCUUAUCUGUCUGCUAUGCACGGCUAUUUAACCGAUCAUUACGGUUCGGCCCUGCUUUCACUUGAACAUGGGCUUUAGAAACAUGGAUAUAUGGCUUUAAACUUAUCGUUGCUUAUGUCUUUUGUUUCUUCCGUUUAUUCUACAGAGAAAAAAAAAAAGAAAAAAAACGUGACAAAUACCUCUUAAAAUACUUUGCCUGAUGUCCUAACUAAUAUGCAUUGAAGAUCAAGCUCCGGAAGUUGGCUAGGAUGAAACAUGUCUAAAUUUAAUGUUGCUUGGUUUUCAACUUUCCUUAGCUGUGAGUUAUUGUGGCUUUGCUUUGAGGUGACUUUUUAGGAAAUGCUCUUCGUGCAUUUGGUUGAAGUUUUACGUGCGGAAGGUUCGGUUAUCUUGACUGACUUAACUCAACCCUGACCCUCAAAUUUCUAGUUGUACCAGCAUACCUCAACGAUGUUCUUCAUACAUUUCCUAAGGUGCUGAUGACGAGAGAGUUGAUAAACCAUCAAGAUCAUUUCCUUUUCCAGACGGCCUUAAUGUUACUAAAAGGAGAAAAUGGAUUUUGGUUAAAGGAUAAGAGUAGUGAUUGCCACAUUCACUGACCCCCACCUCAGUUUUAAAAUUUUUAUUUAUCGCCUCUAAUGUUAGCACUAUACUGUGAUAGAAUUUGCAUGGCUUUUUUUGUUUUUGUGCUUAGUUGAUGACCGGAUUUUUGCCCAAAGAUUUGAAAAGCUCCGCUAGUGAUCUUAGACAUGGAUUUCGGCGGGAGGGGCGGCACCCACCUAUCCGAAUUUAUUGGAGUACCCCCCCCGGGGGGCGUGGCUGCAAUGAAGAGAUCAGGUGUCAUAUUUCUAUUAGACGUGCAACUUAGAAACUUGUCCUUAGAAUUCGACCCGACCCCUCACCAGAAGGAGACCACACUUCAAGUAGUAUUAUGCCGACAUUUCUUUCCGCAUAAUUCCUAACUGAUACCUUUAUUGGUAAAAACAUUGGCUUCAGUCCUGAACCCCGGAGGGAGGACCCUUGUGAUGGCCUAUACGGGAAGGCUCCGCUUGAAAGGGGGUACAUUUUUUAGUCUUUAGGUAUAUUGAGGAGUAUAGAAUUCACGAGUUGGGUAGGAAAAUCUUUCAUUAAAGUAUUUAGUCCUUAAUCAAAAUUCCUCGAAAAAACGCUCCUUACGGUUAUAUCAUUUAAAUUUAUUAAACGUUACACGAAAGUGAUAAGGAGACUUCGUGUUCAGUUGGCGAUUUAUUCUUAUCAUUAGCUAUGUAAAAGGGGUACCAUUUAUAGACUGUAGACGAAAGGGGCACCUUUUCAGUUAAAAUGGUAUAUAAAAGGGUAAGGCUAGGGGUUGGACUUCGGUGGGGAGCCUCCUUAAUAAACCUUUGUUAUUGAGCCUCAGGUCCUGAACAUCCUGACUGAGAUAGUGUACAUCCCUAAGCGAUAUCAUUAGCAUCCCCGACAUUUUCGUAUCAGCGUCACGAGCAAUGGACACUCAGUUCGCCUACUAACCGUUAGCCACUCUUCCUUGUAGUUCACACGUGUGAGGACAGACGACUUUGUCGAAGGAUCAUGAACUUCUAUGGCGUGGAAGCCUGCAACUCAACCGAUAGAAACAUACAGGAGACUGUUCAGUUUGCCUGUCCAGCCACAUGUGGAUUCUGCACACCUGGCGAAAGUGGUAACUUGAUCAUUUGCUUAUUACUCUCUUCUAGGUAAUCAACAUCAAUCAAGCAAUUCAAGUGCCGUAUGUAUUCGAUUAAGCACCCAACCUCGAAAAAGCGCCCUGCCUCGAAUAAGCUGAUCUACCCGCCUUCGUCGUUGCGGUUUUCCUUACGGUCGCUCUGAGAAUUUAGGGCCUCCUUUUUCACUUUACUCAUGCCCACUAAUGCUUGGUUCACUAAACAGACUUAACAACGUGCAAUAGCUUCCAGAUCCAGACUAAAUUAUCUUUUUUGUAACAGUAAUAGUGGCCUUAGCUCUCACAAGUCUCCUUUAGCUCAGUGGUAGAGCAUCUGAAUUAGUCACUAGGAAGUCAUUGGUUCGACUCAUAUUGGGAGUACUCGGAUUUCCAAUCUUCCACGCCGCUUGUGUGACUGAUCAUGACUCAAUAACAAUUUUCUCAGAAAUACUGUUAUAAGAUCAAUCUGUUCCUACAAAAAAACGGGUCUUCUAAUUCUCUUCAUACGUUAGGCGGGUAGAUGGUGCGUAACUAUCUUGAGAAGCAAAUGAAAGGACUCAAAAGGUGUUUAAAAGAAUUAAAGUUUCGCAGGUUUAACCUAUGAACCCCUUUUGGCGUUAUUAAAAAGUCGAGUCUUUACCAUCUCAGAUGAUAUACAUUUUCAGAUUUUGCCUGAUUUUCAUUAUUUUCUUCUUUUUCCUUCUUUAGAUUGCCAAGAUCAGGUGGAAGAUCUUUGCACAGAAAACAAAGAUUGGUGUAACGCUGGUGGAGAAAUCGAAAAACUUAUGAAAGACAUCUGCCCUAGAACUUGUAAGGCGUGUAAUCGCAGACCGAGCAGUGAACAACACAAUUUUGUCAUAAUUGAUGGCUAGGCCGGCAGCAGUAAAAAUCCCCUCGGCUAUUCAGUGUCAAGGUAAUUAUAUCCUUAUUUCUUAACCCAUCUUAAAUGGUUUUUAUCAACUUAUACAAAACGGAUUAAUCCGAGGCUACUCCCAUCCCCCGACCGAAUUACAUAUAAUAAUUGCAUACAGUAUGCCGGAUCGUGAAGUGCUUGAAGACUGCCUGUAAAGUAGAACUUGCAGCAAGUGAAUAAAGCAGCAGGCACCACGGGACUUUUGAGCCCUGGUUCAAAAACACGACGAUAACUUGCUUGCCUUUGAAGCUCCUCCAAUCUACUUAAAAGGGGUUCCCUUGACGAAUCUAUGAUGCAUUUCUAGAUAGGCAAUCCUCAAUUAAUGUAAUCGUGUUUUAUUCUAUCUUUUUUUUUAGGUUUUUAGCUGCAUAAUGUUCUAGAAAACGAGGGUAUCAGACUGGAGGAAGUUAUCAAAAAGACAGGAAUCAACAUUUAACAAAAAGGACCUCGUUUUGUGGAUUAAGAAGUAACUGACAAUUACGUUAAGUUAGCAACAACUUGUUCUAAUCGAUAACACAAGAUGUGACCAGAAAAUGGAUUGCGAUUGCGCAUCUUUCAUCUGAUGCGUCGUGAAAAAAAAACCUUAACAGUUCAUAAGUCCACUAUUUGUAUAUUUUGUUCUUGGACAAAAGACCAAUAAUUUAAACUUAGCUCUAUCAGGCUUAGGGGAAUAAGGCAAAAGAAAACAAUUAAUUUUUAUUCAUCCCUGAAACUCAUUGCUCAAUUUCUUUGAAUUAAACCCCAAGCCUCGAAGCCAAGUAUAACUUUUACUAUAUUGAAAUUGGUCUAUUACCGAUAAUACAGUGUAAAUAAAUAAAU